UUUGGGACCCUCAAAACCAAAUAAACGAAACUGAGCCCAAACAAAAAGAAAACGGAACACAGCUGGUGUGGGUGACGGGUGUGGCUGGUGGGGGUUAGAGAGACAGAGACAGAGACAGAGACAGACAGGUAGCAGAGGAAGAGAGAGAUACCCAAAGAUGGUCGAAGGGAAAGGCCUCUGAGAUCAUCCUGAGAAGAAAAAGGGCAGUAAUUUAAAAAAAAAAAAAAAAGGGGAGGAAGAGAAUUAAAUGUUAUUUAAUUUGUGAUAUUAUUGUUCGAAUCAAUAUUUUUUUUUUCUUUGCUGCCUUUUGAAGUCUCGAUCUCCCCUACCUAUCACCACUCCUAACCUCCAUUCAUUCGUUUCAACAACAUUUUCCAUUGUUUCUGCACCCCAAGAAAAUUUGCAUCAUUACCCUCCAACAACAGUAGCAGCAGCUGAAAAUAAAAAUCCUUGUUCCCUUGUACUUUUUUUAUGGGCUUUCUUCAUGGUAAAUCCUCUCUCGCCCACUCCUUUUGCUUUUGGACGUUGCUUGUUGACGAGGGUGUUCCUUUUUGCAUUCUUUAGUGACCCGUUUCUUUCCUUGUUUGUAUAAACUUCGUGAACCUGAAGCUCCAUUCUUAUCGGAUUAGCGGUUGAGCCAGGCUAUGCUCUUGUCGACGAGAAGGGUGUUGUGAAAAUUCAUUAAAAAAAAGGAUGAGGGACCCCAACAUGAAAGCCGGACGCGAGUGCCUUCCCCAAUUUGCAUCCGUUUGUAAUAUAAUUCUCACAUAGUUUUUAGACAUUUAGAUUCAUAAAAGGAUUUGUCUUUGAGUGGAAGGAGCUGUGUAUUGUUCUUGUUAUUGGGUUUUGGUGCAUAUGGAAGGGGGUGAGUUGUACAAAAAUCCUGGCGAUUUCGAUUUAUGUGUUGUAUAGCGUCGUGGUUGACCUCCACCACUGCUGCAUUUGGUUCGUUAAGCAAUGGGGGGUAGAUGGCACCCAUAUGGAUUUGCGUUCUCGUGUUUCAUGACAUUGGUUGUUGUUUCGGGUAUGAGGGGACGUUUGUCGCUUAACAGUGAAGGAUUGGCUUUGUUGGAUUUCCGGGCGAGAAUAGAUUGGGAUCCUUAUGGUGUACUUGCAAAUUGGAAUCCUAAUGACACCGAUCCUUGCGGGUGGUCGGGAGUUCAUUGCAUGGAUGGUGAAGUGCAAAUGCUGGAUCUGAGUCAACUUUCUUUGGAGGGGACACUGGCACCUGAGCUUGGGAAACUUAGUAACUUACGUUCUCUUAUACUCUUCAAGAACCAUUUCUCCGGUACCAUUCCUAAUGAGAUUGGAGAGCUUAAAAAGCUGGAGCAGUUGGAUCUGAGGGAAAAUAACUUGUGUGGAGUUAUUCCAGCAGAAAUAGGCAGAAUGGUGUCACUAAAACGCUUGUUGAUUCGUGACAAUAAUUUUGAAGGCAGCAUUCCUUUGGAGAUCAGGUGUCUCAACUUGCUAUCUAAAUUGGAAUUUGAUGAUAACCAUUCGGCUUCUGUUGACACUGGAAUCGGCUGUAUGAUUAGGAAAUUUGGACAUGCUGGACAGAGAAAUUCAAAACUGAUUAAUAAGGCAGACUCAUUUAUAAUCCCAAUUAAAGGAGCUCUUGGGCGUUUUAUCCAUAUCCUGUGUACGUCACGGUUCAGGUUUGGAAAGGACACUCCGAAUGGGAAAGGAGAGAGUUGCUGCAGCAGUCUACCUAGUUCAUCUGAGCCACACAUGGUCCAUGCUGCUCAGAAGUUCGUCAGUUUCGCACGGCGUAGACUACUUGAGCAAUCCACUAACCUCGCAGCUGCACCUGCUAGUGAUGGACCCCCCUCUGGACAAAUCAUUGCUCUUCCAAUUACCAAGAGUAGUGGGGCUUUGCCAGCUGUACCACAUGAAAAGAAGAAACAACACUCCUCACCCGCACCACAGUCUUCACCUGCUGAUCACGAACAGUCUUUCCAAAAUCCAAGUGGUUUUGUUCAAGUGCCAGGCAAUCAACAAUCUUCUAGUGGUGGCACCUCUGGAAAUAUGUGGAAGUAUUUCAUUUCUAUAGCUGGUGUGGCCGUCUUACUCAUGGUUGCUGCAACUGUUUUCUGCAUGUUACGAAGCCAAGCAGUGGCAACCAUAGGUCCUUGGAAGACUGGAUUGAGUGGACAGUUGCAGAAAGCAUUCAUAACAGGGGUUCCCAAGUUGAAUCGAUCAGAGCUGGAAACAGCCUGUGAAGACUUCAGCAAUAUUAUCGACACUCUGGAUGGUUGCACCAUUUACAAGGGAACACUGUCCAGUGGAGUUGAGAUUGCCGUUGCAUCAACUUCAAUUAAAUCUUCCAAAGACUGGUCAAAGAACUCAGAGAUGGCAUACCGGGAGAAGAUUGAUACACUGUCACGGGUGAACCAUAAGAACUUUGUCAAUCUUAUUGGCUACUGUGAGGAGGAUGAGCCGUUUGUUAGGAUGAUGGUGUUUGAGUAUGCCCCAAAUGGAACCCUCUUUGAGCAUCUGCAUGUUAAAGAACUCGAACAUCUUGACUGGAAUGCAAGGAUGAGGAUUAUGAUGGGAAUAGCAUAUUGUCUUCAAUAUAUGCAUCAUGAUCUAAAUCCACCCGAGGCACAUUCUAACCUAUGUUCAACCGCUGUCUAUUUAACAGAUGAUUAUGCUGCUAAGAUUGCAGAAAUAUGUUUCUUGUCAGAGGCUGCAUCCAAGUCAAAGAAAUUAGGUGAAGACGAAAAAGAGAAUUCAGAAUUGCCCCCACUUAAGGAUCCGGAAACAAAUAUCUAUAGUUUUGGAGUAUUGCUGCUCGAAAUAAUUUCUGGAAAGCUUCCUUUCUCAGAAGAACAAGGGCACAUUGUUAACUGGGCUGCUGAAUAUUUAAAUGACAAGCGGAGCAUCAGCUACAUGAUUGACCCAACACUCAAGUCCUUCAAAAAUGAUGAGCUUGAUGUUGUCUGUGAAGUUAUCCAAGAAUGCAUACAACCAGAUCCAAGGCAGAGACCAACAAUAAAGUGCAUCAUUGCCAAAUUGAGGGAAGUGAUUGCUAUUUCACCUGAUCAAUCUACACCAAGACUUUCUCCCCUCUGGUGGGCUGAACUCGAGAUCUUAUCUGUGGAGGCGACUUAAGUCCUCUCCAACUCUCUUCCGUGUGCUGUAAGUCAACGUCUUUCUCUUUGUAGCUGAAUGCUAAAGAAUAGCCUUUAAUCCAGUCCACCUGCACAUAACUGAAUCCUAUCAUUACAUACUAGGUACUCAAUCCCUUUUUUGUCUCUGUUUUCACGUGUAUGUUCUUAUUAAUCAUUCUAUUCA